AUGCUCCGGCCCACGACCUUCCGGCCGCUGCUGCGCGCCGUCGCCGCGCCCCGCAUCGCCGCCGUCCGCACCUACGCCAGCAAGCAGCCGACGCCCUCGGUCGACGCCGUGCCCGCCAACGACCCCAACCCCAAAGCCCCGCCGCCCAAUGUCUCGGCCACCAAUGCCGUCCCCACCUCGUCCGAGGGCUCCUUCGACCAGGUCCUCCAGGAGAGCGUCGAGGAAGCCGAGGUCAUGCGCACCCAGCAGGCCCCCAACCGCCAGACGACGUGGAGUCGCAGCCAGAACCCGCGCGAGCGCGCCAUGGCCGGCCCGCGCUUCGAGCAGACCAUCAUGGCCGACCAGCCGCGCCCCCACGCCGCCAUAGAUCUCAUCCACAAGCAGCCCGUCCGCUGGAUCAAGGAGCGCAGCGUCUCGUGCGACGGCGGCGGCGGCCCGCUCGGCCACCCCAGGAUCUUCAUCAACGUUGAUAAGCCCAAGAUUUGCUGGUGCACGUACUGCGGCGUUCCCUUCGCGCACGAACACCACAGGAAGACCAUUGAAGCAUCGGACUCCAUUGCUUACCCGCUGGACCCGACCGGUCAGCCCGGAGAGGUUGAAUUCAGUCAGCAGGUUACUGACAAGCCUCUGGAGCAGCGGUGA